AAGCCCUGGCGUCAAUCUAGUCUGAGAGCGACUUUCAGAAAGGACGGACUAUCGCUGUUGGACACUUUUGGGAAAACUUGCUUUUGCUUCUUGCGAGCCUUGAACUCUUUUUCGUUUUGUUUGUGGAAGUACAAGCUACCCGCUCUCAAUCGCCUGACAAGAUGCUGCUCCUUCUACUGGGAAUCGUCCUCCUGCACGUCGCUGGUCUGGUCCUCCUGUUUGUGUCCACUAUUGUCAGCUUUUGGAGAACAGUUAAUACUGGCAACGCGGACUUCUGGGUCAACUCCACUGGGCCAAAUGGAGGAUACCCCUGUGUCCGGGCGUCAGCGGGAGAGUGGAUUCAGGCGGUGCAGGCCCUCAUGAUCCUAUCCAUCAUCUUCAGCUGCCUGUCUCUCUUCCUCUUCUUCUGCCAGCUCUUCACUUUGCAGAAGGGCGGACGCUUCUUCCUCACUGGAACCUUCCAGAUCCUUGCCAGUUUGUUCGUGAUGAGCGGAGCCAUCAUCUACACGGUGAUGAGUCCGACCUGGGGAAAAGACACAGACGUCUUCGGCUACUCCUACAUCCUGGCGUGGGUGGCCUUCCCUCUGGCGCUGAUCAGCGGACUCAUCUACGUUAUCUUGAGGAAGCGAGAAUGAGCCGCCACUCGCAUCCCGGGGUUCCCUGUUACCGCAUCAGUCCCAUUCUGAAGUUUAAAAAAAAGAGGUUUUGAUGCCUGAGUACCAAUGGCCCCAGGAGACCAACACAACUAGAUCACGACAAGGGGGGAGAGGCGGGAGAGAGAGGGGGGAUACCAAAAAUCAACAAGCAAAUCAACACAAAACAACCAAUACUGUCUCAGUUAAAAGAUGUAUAUAGUAUCUAUGGUUUAAAACGUAUUUAUAACACUUUUUACAUAUAUGUACAUAGUUGUUGUGUUGCCCUGUCAAUGGAUACACGUAUGAGCGUUGUUCUAGCUGAUUAAGUGCCUUUGUGUUUGUUUGUAAUGAUUGAAAUAAUUAGAUGCUAUUUUGUUGCGUUUACUUUUUAUGUUGCUUUUUUUGUUUUGGUAAUUGCCAAAGAAUUACACCCCCCAACCCGCCCACCCGACCCCCCCAACAAAAAAAAGGAAGCAAAAAAGUUAUUCGUAUUUUAACCAAAAAUGCAUGUUUAGAAAUAGAAGGGUUAGAAGAAAAGAUUUGUUUGAUGGGCUUUACGAUAAGAGUGGUAACAUCGCUGGACGUCGCGUAGCCAAGCGAUAUACGGAUUUGGCCCUUUUCUAUUUUGUGAAUUUUCGAGUUACACUGUUUUUAUUUUCAGUAUUUUUCUAUUUCCUAUUUUCAACAAAAAGAUGGUGCUAUGUAUUUAUCAUUCCUAUUACUCUUAGCGAUCAUAUUCGAACGGACUCACCGUGUUCUUGUUCAGAAUCAAACAGCCAUUAAUUAAAGUGGGAAUCAGACGGAGGUACACGAGUACGAACAGAGCCCGGCUGCUUCUCUGGGGAACACAGUUUAAUUCACAUCGCAGUGCCCGACUUCUGUUUUCUUCAUCAGCUACUGUAAAAUGAACAACUGAGUUUUGGCGUGGUGCACUGAUCGAAGUAGAACGUCAGUAUUAUUCUGCGUAUUUGUGAGGAGUUGGAUUCAAGUGACAGUACUUCAUAUAUGCUUUAUUGCAAUUUUACUUAAUUAUAACCUCAUUCUGAUGUUUAUGUUCACCUGGCUGUUAAAGUGUCAUGAAGCCAAACUGCCUAUUUACCCUAAAGAAAAUAACACUGUGGGGCAUUAUAGCCUAAAAAAGUAUACAUUUGAUAUUACUAGAAAGAAAUGCCACUGAUUGAAGCCAUAAAAGAUAAUAUCAGAUGACGGGGGAAACGUUUGAAGUAUUAACUCUAUGUGUGAUAAAAACAGUGAGGUUUGCAAUGAUGAUAAUUGUCUGUUUCAAAUACUUGACACGCGGCCGCCUCUGCCCGUUAACGUUUGUCUCUUCUGUGUAAAACGCUGUUCACGUGCCGCGGAAUAACACAAGGUGACGAUAAUCCAGCCUAAAAACCCUCGCUUUACUCAAUAAAACUCACUCUCACGUUAACUACUACCACGUCUUCCACUGUUACCUGGGACUGGACUCGCAGCGAGAGCGAGUUCUGCACCACCUGCGGUGACGAAUCUCCAGUCGUCGCGUGUUGACGUUGCCAUAAAAGACGCGGCAAAAGACGUCAGAGGCCGCAGCCGGGCGAGCCCACUUUAGAGCGCGCUCCGUGGGAUCGGAUGGGCUGCCUCGGGUCGCGUGUGUUUGGAAAUGGCGUCUCGUGACUCGUGGCACGCCGCACGCCGCGCGCCGAGGGUCCGAGGCCCCCGGCGGCCCGGCGUGCCACGGCAGGCCUCCAAAACACGCAGCUCGGGUUUCAGUGUCAUGGGCGCGUGGCUUAUAAAUAGGAGGACUUGGACGUGUCCCGAACAGCGUGAGCCCUCCAAUCCCCUGUGACAGAGCUAUGUGGUGGAAUUAAAGCAUUUAAUUCAGGAUUUACACUAACUAGUCUGCUGUGUGUGUGUGUGUGUGUGUGUGUGUUUUUCUCCUUUGCUUUAUCCAUGAUGCCAGUUGUCGGGUUCAGUUUGAAGAGAUCGCCUCUAAUGACGACUGCUCCUUCUCUUUGUGCAAAGCGACAGAGGUAAAAAUAGCUACGCCGUGUUUACACCUAAACUUCCAUGCUCGUGAUGUCACCAAAGCUUCUUUGAGUUGAAAUCAUUAAAGCUGGUUUCUUACCACCCCCCCCACGGA